AAAUGUUGUAGAAGUGAUGUAUUGAUAUAAUAAAUAAAUUUGUUUAUGUCCUAAUUUUCAAAUAUGGUCACUAAACGUUAUAUGAUGAGGAAUAUAUAUUAUUCAUGUAUCAUAUAUGAGACUUAAGAUAUUAUCUUAUACGAACUUAUUAAUUCAUUCGGACUAUACGGAAUGAGUAAAGAUUAAGAUCGUUCGAUUGAUAUCUUAAGUUUUGGGGCCAUUAAGUUAUUAGGAUUUAAUGUUCAGCCGUUUUAUUCCAAAGUAAUAAAAACGUGCAAGCCAGCCGAUUUCGGAAAUUUCAAAAUUGAAAUUUGAACGUGUGUUGUCAGCCUGAUCAAAAUUGUUGGGUGAUCCUAAUCUAUAGGAUGAGUGGGCUGGUGGCUGCACACGUGUGGGAUCAGCAAGUUCCUUUAGUACAUGUAUUAUGUAUUAAUCUGAUUUCCGGUUUAAAAAUUGAUAACCCACGAGCUCUCUUUCCUCCAUGUAUAACGUAUGCAUGUAAAUGCACAAUGAUAGGACCGUUUGCAUUUUAAUGCUUCUCUUCCCAUCACUUUUAUUUUGAUAACGUACAUGCAUGUAUAAGUAAUAUAAGGAGAUGGUAUUUUGAUAUACGGGACCACUUCUCCAAAUUAAGAAAAAAGUUUUUCUACGAGUAAGUAAUACUUCGAUCUGGGAUGAGAGCUUUUGAAUCCAUAGUUUCUUCAUAAAGUUAUAUCUAUUUAACGAGUCAACGGCAUAUUGGGCAACGGUCGAAGGUUUCAGUCAAGGUAGCUACGAGUCUGAAACGUGGUAGGAUUAUCCUGGGAGCGAGCUAGCCAGACCCGUCCGAAUAGCUAUCGGGAUACGAGGGCUAUCUUUCUUCAAGGCCAGUCCGUCUCAACGGGCGAUCCUGCGAUAAGUUUUUCUUAUCUUUUCUCUUUAUUCAAUUUUAUUAUUCUAAUUAUUAUUAUUAUUUUUUAUUUGUUCUUGCAUUUGUUGGUUUGUCUGGUGAUUUGUGUAAACUCGGGAUUUUUAUCUGGUUAAACUCGCAUUUUAAUAUCAUUUUUCUAACAAUCUUGAAGAAAGAUAUUAUUUCUCGAGUUUUUGAAAAUCCAAAAAUGGCGAACUUGGAAAAUGCUGUUAACAAUGAAACUGUUGGUUUAGAGCAUGUUUUUGUCGCCCCUGAAAAUGAUAAUUCUGUGUCUGUCACUAAUUCACAAGGCACACCUGAAUAUAUUGCUACGGGCUCGCACAGGGUGGAUUUAACCGGGAUGCCCGAAAAAUUUUCUGGGCAUUUUUUCAAGCGUUGGCAACAACGCAUGAAAAUUUGGUUAAUCACCAAGGGCUUGCUUUCAGUGAUUAUGACGGUGUGUCCUCCGGUUGUCGAAUCUGAUCCCAAAAGUCUUGAACGUCAUGGACUUUGGCUUGAGAGGGACGAAAUUGCAAAAGGCAUGAUUCUCAUGGGUUUAUCCGACAUGUUAUUUGAUGUCUAUUGUACCCUCCAUGGGACGGCCAAAGACCUUUGGGAUGAGUUAGAUAGAAAAUAUAAUACUGAUGACCACGGUCUUGAAAAAUAUAUUGUUUCUAAAAUUCCUACGAUUUGACAUGAAAGAAGGAAAAUCGGUUUUAGAACAGACACAAGAAUUUGAGCUUAUCUUACAUUCUCUUCGUGAAGCGGACAUGGAAUUGCCUGAAAAAUUUAAAGUGAUGGCGGUCAUAGAAAAAUUUCCCAAAUCAUGGGAAGAUUUUGGUAUGACUUUAAAACAUAAAAUGAAAAAGAUCACUUGGAAAUCUUUGAUGCAUUCCAUUACGGUUGAGGAGGAACAUAAGAAAGCGGGUUAUAUUGCGCCUGUUGAAUUUCAACCGAAGGCUCAUGUUAUAACUGGGGGAAAGCAAGCACAUAACUCUAAAAAUAAGCAACCAUCAUCUUUUAAACCAAUAAAGGCCAAAUUAAAAAUUGCAAAGAAACCAAAGGCAAACCGACCAUGCUGGAACUGUGGACAGAUGGGGCAUUGGGCCAAAUUAUGUCCAAAUAAAAAGGCAAAGGCUCAAUCUGGGGGACCUCAAGUCAACAUGGUGACUGGAGGGACUAGUUCUAAUGGCCUGCGGUUGGGAGAACAGUGAUGAUGGGGAACACAAGUGCUGCAAGUGUGCAAGGAAUUGGAAAAGUAGAAAUAAAAUUCCCUUCGGGAAAAAUUCUAUCUUUGCAUGGAGUGCAUCACGUUCCCGAAAUUAGAAGGAACAUCGUUAGUGGUUCCAUUCUAGUUAGGGAGGGUUAUGAGUUGUCUUUUAAAUUAAAUAAAGUUGUAAUUUUAUUUGGUGGAAUUUUUAUUGGCAAAGGUUACUUGUCUGAUGGACUUUUUAAAGUUAUGGUUGAUUAUUUAGAAUUAAAUUAUGUA